AUGUAUGUGACAAGGCCUCUCUCUCACUACAUAAGCUUUCCAGAAUCUCUUUCAUUACCCCCUGAAGGUCCCAAUUCUGGUUAUUUAGUAAUACAAGAUGAAGAAUCUGAGACAUAUACAUGUUUUGGAUUGUGCAAGGACCGCUUCCUUGCAGAUCUGCCGUUCCCUCAGAACAAGGAUCUAACCCUUCGAUAUUCAUCAGGGGCAGGCGAGAACCAGAGUGUAUCUCGUGAUGAUGUUUCCUUCAUUCCAGUCCUUAAUCUGCCAUUGUCUUCUAAUCGUUAUUACGCGAUAAAGCCUCAUGGAAAUCAUAAAGGGGAAGCAUAUGCUUCUUCGAGGGAAGAAGACACGGUCACUUGUUGUUUUGGACUAAGCAGCCGUGAUGUAAAAUCAAGGCCACUGGAUCCACACGACACAUAUCAGCAAUUUGAGAUUGCUCUUUAUGAAACAUGUUGCAAUCCCAAUGGCAAUUUUUUUGCCAAGUCAGUAGCACCUGAUGGUUUCCCUCCAUACAUCUUGAGGAGAAAAGGGUGGCAAGUCUAUGGCAAAACUCCCAAAGACUACGAAUUAGGAGAAGCUUCAGGCCUUAAUUCUGCCCUCCGUGCACGCCUUCCUGAAUUUAACUUCCCAAUGUCCUACAAGAGCUCUGAAGGUGUCGUUGUAGGCAAGUGGUAUUGUCCCUUUGUCUUCAUCAAGGAUGGACCAUUGAGAGAUCAGAUGAAAAGAUCGAUGUUUUAUGAGAUGACACUCGAGCAAAGAUGGGAGCAGAUUUUUGCAUCUGAGAAUAAUUCUAGUGAAGGAAACAGUGUGUUUGUUGAUUUUGCUGUUCAAACAGAAGUUGUCUUGGUUGCUGGCAAGGAAGCCGUGUGGAAUGAAAGAGAUGUGGUCGAUGGGGCGAUAUGGUUCACAAGUUUUGGCAAUGUAGGAGAAGGAGUAAGUGUGGGAUUAAGGGUAGAAAUUGUUGAGAGAAUGAAAUGGGAGCAAGGAAGAGCAGGCUGGGUUGGUGGGGAGGAUAGGCUAGCCAGUGUGAAGAGAGUGGAGGAGUUUGGAGGCAUUGGUGGAUGGAGAAAAUUUGGAUGCUAUGUGUUGGUUGAGAGGUUUGUGUUGAAAAGAAUGGAUGGAAGCUUGGUGAUGACUUAUGAUUUCAAGCACACUCAUCAUAUCAAAAGCAAAUGGGAAUGAGAUAUUAUGUUAUUCUGUGUUAUAAGUAUAUCCACUGUAGUUUGUGUAUUUAUGAAGAAUAAAACUAUGCUUUUUUUUUUUUUCUAAAAUUUGAUUUAUUAGAUUGCAUAUUCACUGUAUCAAUAUGUUCAGUUCUACCAUUGAUUAAAAUUGCG